AUCUUACAAAACCAGCUGAGCAAAAAGUUAACGUUAGACGUAAUGUUAAGCUUUUUUCUGCGUGAUUUUUAUUCAGAAAAGUUAAGGAGAGUCCACUGAUGAAGUACUUUAUAUAAAACAAAGUUAUUGCUACAGAAUUCUAUAGCAAGUAUACUCUUUCUGCAAGACUUUCAUUACUAGUAGUAACCAAGCAGUAGUGUCAUCAAUGACAAUCGAGGUAAAUUAUUAUUGUGGUGUACGCUUUAGUUUAGCCUAGUUAGCGAGAAUUUCAAAUUGACUUAACAAUAACAUGAGUAGUUGACUAAUGUUUGAAAAACAGAGGUUGAAUCGUUAUUGAAUUGAUAUGGCAGUUAGAAGACUGUUGUGUAGAGGUUCGUCUGCAAGUAAAAAACCAUUUAGCGAAUUCUGCGUUACUCCUUCAAUGUAUGGGUUGGCAAUGAAAGACGUAUUAGGCUUAACUUUUGUACCUGAGGGUCUUCUUUUAUCAGAACUUGACUUUGAAAAAAAUAUUGAGAAUAAAAACCCAAACAGUCCAGCUCAGUUUUUACAAGACUAUAAAAACUAUACAAAAUGUCUAAAAUAUUUAAAUGAUUUAAACAAAAAAUCAUUUUCAAUUUCAUGUAUUGAUGAUGAUUACCCAUCCAGUAUUCAGAUGUUAAAAUGGAUGCAGGAUGAGCUUAUGGUUUCACCUUCAUCAUAUCUUCUGAAUGAUAUACGGCAAACAAAGUCUAAGUCUGUGAUUUUUAAAUUAUUCGCUGAUUUCAGUGGUGCUGUAAAUGCCCUUAUUAGAUUUGUUUUAUCAUUUAUGGUAUUUCCACCUGAAAAAGCUAACUUAUAUCAAACAAAUAAAGCUCUCUGUCUACGUGGACUUUGUUUAGAAAUUUUGCAUUGCUUGUGUAUUCAGUGUGAAAGCGUGGCACAGAACUUGUCAGAAUAUGAAAGCAUAUUUGAAACAUUACUUAACUUGAUCCAGUUCUCACAGACGUCAUUACCUGCCUCACAACUUUUGGAAUGUUUAUUUUUAUCAUGCAAAAAGCCUGUCAACUUCUUACAUAUUCCAAAUUUAGGAAAACUUGUGGAAUCUUUUAAUGAUUUCCAACUUGGAAACUUCUGUAGAAUUUUAACUGUUACACUAUCAGAUCUGGAUUUUUAUGCUCAAACUAGUUCUUUGUAUGCUCAGCAUAAAGAAAAGAAAAAGAAAAAUCUGUUUUCUAAACGAGAUGAGAAUCAAAAUGCAGUGUUGAACAUGCCAGGAAUUUUAUCAAGACUUGUUCAGUUAGUUUGUGCAAAACCUUAUGUACCCCAAUUUCCCAGGUCCUUUAGCUCAUUUGCAGUGUCAGAGGUAAAUCACUGGCUACAGUGGAUUGAAUUAAAUCUUGAAAAUGAAGUAAUACAUACCAGUGAAAUGAAUGAAAGUACUAAUUUUGUCGGUGGUAUUUCAAGAAGUAGUACGUCAGGAGAGGCUGCCUUUAGUUUUCAGUCAUCAUUAGCAAUUAGUUCAGAAAUGACAAUAAGAGCUCACGGUGCAUAUGUUCUAGGCUUGUUGCUUGUUGGUAAGCAUCGUAAGGAAGUGCAGCAAAAACUUGCCGAGUUGUGUCUUAUUCCCAAACUUAGUGAUCUUUUUGAUCACUUUACAUGGGAAUGUGGAAGGUCAUCAAGUAGGUUGCAUAAUAGUGGGCACUUUGGUGGCUGUGACUGUAAUCCGGGAAUUGCUCUGAAAACUCAGGUUAUGCGUCUUGUGCACAGUUUUUGUGAUCAUUCAGAAUACAAGCAUGUAAUGUUAUCCUGGAGUGAAUGUAGUGAAUUAUUUCACUCUAACAGUAAUGAUGAUCUACCAAAAAAUGUGAAAAAAUCAUUGAUGUGUGUGGGGAGCAAGGGACUCUUGAGCAAGAUUGUUGAUGUAUUGAAAAAGGAGCCCAAGAAUUCAUCUUUUCGUUUUUGGUUUUCUCGUGCUAUUGAAAGUUUUCUGCGUGAUUGUGCCACAAGUCACGAGCAGGAUUUUCUGAUUCGUAGAAAUCUCCUGCAUCAUCUUUUUGAAAAUUUGCUGUCUGUUGGUCGUGGACCUAAGGAGGUGAUUCAGAGCAGUUUUGAUCUUUUGGCUGAAUUGGUUAAAUUUAACUACAGUGCUAUUCGUCACUUAGAUAAGCCCCUCAGGAGUGAGGAAAAGUGGCAAACACUGUUAGCAAUCAUAAACAGAAAUUUGGUGGACUCCAACAUGUUUCUUCGAAGUAUGAUCUUGUCUCGAGAACACUUGAGAGAAAGUUGUGACAAGGAUAUUAUUGACUAUGUUGAGAAUCACAGUCAUCUGCUACUGUAUUUUGGAAGGUUUCAAACCAGAUUAUCUUACUUGAAGAGGCUUAUUUCAAUCAUAAGUGUUGAAAACUUAACCCAGGAAAGUGUAAGCUGUCUCAACACUUCUUUGAUCAUCUUGAUAACUGCUCACAGAAAUGGUCAGCUGAGUGAUUAUUUACAAGCUAUGAAGCCGUCUUCUUGUUUAGUAUCCACUGAAUCUGAUGAGUUUCCUUUUCAAGGCCUCUUAGAAAACUUUAGAGAAUUGCUACUUUUCUGGAAAGAACACUAUUUACACAAAGACAAGGACUGCUAUUCCCUGGAAAAAAGUUCAAGGAUUGUGUUUAAAGAAUGGGAGGACUUGGUGUCAUUGUUACUGAAGGAAGAUUCCUCCAAUGCUCAUACCCUGCUGUUUCACAUGAAGACUUCUGUUUCAUAUAGAAGUAGAUAACUAUUAACAUAUAUUAGGGAUUAGGAAUAUGUAAUAAUCAGAAAAUAGCAUAGGAUCUAUUUGCACAAAUUUUUAUAUUUCCUUGCAGAUAUCCUUACUACAACUGUUUCAUUGAAUAGGGCAUUCUUCAUGGCUUACAAAAACAAAUUGCUUCUGUAAGAUAACUCAAUAUUACAUUUUUUACAGGUCCUCCAUAUGAGUAUUAUAAAUCAAAUCUAUUGGACUUUUUUUUUAAGGUUACUGGUAAAUAUAAGAAUAUUUUUUUAUGAUUUGACAAUAAUUUUUAUAUGUGCUAAACAGAAAAUACCAUGAGAUCUAUUUGCAACAUUAAUCCAUGGUGUAUUUGGUGUUAUGGGAAAUUAAUCUUUCAUAGUUUUUGAAAUGAACAGGUUUGGGUGGAAGUAAACUGAAUUUAGUAUAGCUUUUGGUACCAUACAUUUUAAACAAGUUGGUACGAGAAAAUAUUUUUAUUUCAAACCCUUAGUUGUCAAAUUUAUGUGUGUGUUUAUGUUAAUUUUCUUGUAGCUACAAGAUAUGGAAGUAAAAAUAAAGGUUAUUGAUGUGAUUAAAAAAUAACUACAGGUGAUAUUUUGUAUAUAAAAUCAUCAGAAAAAUAACAUCGAACCAAUUCUAAUGUUCAAAAACUAGUAUCUAAUGAAAAGAUUUACUUCCAAGAAUGAUUACUGUAUUUCUCCUUAUUUAACACUGCUUCAUUUUCUUAUUUCAGUUAAUUGAAUUUGCACUACCUCAUAAUGAUUAAAUGUUUAUUCCAGUAUUAAAAAUAUAACUUUACCAUAUUCCACAUGAAAUUGUUUAAUUCACUACAACCCAAAACCAUACUACACUGUAGGUGGAACAUUAGAUUGUGUGUUCGUUCAAACUUGUAUGCAGAAUUCUGUAAUUACACUUUUUUCAAAGAUAAAUGUACCUUUCAUGAAUUCACCCUCAUUAGCAAUCUAAGUUGAAGCAGACAGUAUUUAUACAAACUAUACCUGAAAUUAAUAUAUGUUCCUUUUAUGUAUUGCUUCUGAAAAAUUAGAGUUUGAAUCUACCUGUAUAUUCUUUGUAACGCAUGGAAUGGAUAAAGAAAACUUACUAAACAUUGACAUUUUACUAUUAUGAUGAGAGGUGAAAUACACUGUUGUAGCUAUAUGCUUGUAGGUAAGUGAUGUAUGGUAAAAUGCUCUAUGAUAAAAUAAAAAUAUAUCUAAGAUUGAA